CUGAGACACUCUCAUGGCGAUGACUGAGAUACAAGCCUCAAUAUUGAGUGCUAUAGAAACAAGUAAUUUUUGGUUGCAAUGGCGAUUCCCCAUUGACUUCUGCCCCGGGAUAUUCGCAUGCAAUGACAAUCCCAUACCCGGUACACCCAUUUAUUCCUCCAAGACGCAAACUGGUCUGCAGGCUCAGCUACUUCUUUGUAGUGGUGUAGGCAUUAUUUGUCUUUUACUAUUCUGUUCCUUGCGUGUCAGGUGGGGUACUAUGUAUUCUCCUAGACUUCGUAUGUCAAAGCAUGCUCCUGAUCAUCUCCCAGAUACCUUUUUUGGGUGGAUAUGGCCACUGUUGAAGACGCCAAAUUCUGUUGUGCUCGAAAAAGUCGGACUUGACGCUGUCGUGAUGCUCCAGUUCUUGAUGAUGGGAUUUAAGCUAUUUGCUUUAUGUGGAUUUUUUGGUGUCAUUGUCCUUUACCCUAUUAGCAAGAUGGGGGGAGACUUGAUAGACCCUAUUAACCCUGACCCAGAAAAUCCUGAUAACUCCACCCAGCCUGACAGCUUGCUUGGUCUCGAUCUUUCGGGUUACUCACCUGCAUUUUUAUGGGUUUAUCUAUUCUUUACCUAUUUAUUCUGCUUUGCUACAUUCUAUUUCACUUUUAUGAACUAUCGUGAUUAUGUCUACAUUCGCCGUGAAUAUCUUUUGCGUAUCGGAAAGACAAUUCCUGCCAAGACAAUCUUGGUUACAGGUAUCCCACCCAAUCUUCGGUCGGAUAGAAAGUUGGCUGAAUACUUUGAGACACUUGGAAUUGGAGUUGUGGAUUCAGUCCAUAUUAUUCGCCAUGUUAGUCGUCUACUAGAGUUCAUCAAAGAACGUGCUCAGUAUUUACGUCGUCUUGAGACAGCCUAUACUGACUUUUGGGGUAACCCUUGCUACGAUCCUACAUACGAUCCAGACCGUCUUUUAAGAGAAGCUGAGCGCGACCAGUCUCUGCAUGCCCUUGACUGGACAACUACUGGUACCGAAGGUUUACCGACCCAUAGUAAAGAUAGAAAACGUCCGUUGGUGCGAGAUGGCUUUAUGGGAUUGAUCGGUAACGAAGUUGAUUCAAUCAAGUUUCACACUGAUAAAUUCAAUGAAAUUGAUGAGAUGGUGCUGAAGGCCAGAAAGCACGGAAGAUUUCUCCCAACAAGCGUUGGAUUUGUUACUUAUGAAGAUUCAAUCAGUGCUUCUAUUGCUUCCCAGGUACUCAUUUCGUCUACACCCUUUCGGCUACGGGCCCAUCUUGCUCCUGAGCCAAGGGAUGUCUUGUGGGAGAAUAUAGCUAUGCACGGGAGAGAAAGGGUCAUUCGAAAAGGAAUGAUAUGGUUUAUCCUCUUGUUUCUCGUCUUCUUCUGGGUCAUUCCAAUUUCUUACUUCUCUGCUCUUACCAGUGAAAACUCACUAAGAAACUAUUUCCCAUGGCUUAUAAAAUUAGCAGAGAAACACAAAUUAUUACGCCAGAUAAUCCAGGGCUUUCUACCCACACUUGGUGUCAACAUAUUUAUGGCUUUUUUGCCCUUGAUUCUUAAUGGACUUAGUGUAAUUGAAGGAUUCCCGACACGUAGUGAAGCAGAGGAAUCUACCUUUAGCAAACACUUUUUCUUCCUCCUGUUCAACGUCUUGCUAGUCUUUACUAUCUCAAGUGCUCUGUUCAAGGCAUUGACGGAAAUGAUUGAAGAUCCUACCAAAAUAUCCCAGAUCUUGGCAACAAGGCUUCCCCAGGUCGCCCCCUUCUUUGUCAACUACACAGUAAUGCAAGGCAUGAUGCUGCUUCCAAUACAGCUCUUGCAGAUCGGUCCGAUCAUUGUCCAGCUACUGCAAGGUACCUUUUUUUGCAAGACUCCUCGGGACUACGCAGAAGUUUUGGCACCUCGCAUGUACAAUUAUGGAUCAGGCUACCCAGUCCCAGUGUUUAUGUUUGUUGUAUUACUGGUCUAUUCUACCAUCAGCCCACUUAUCCUGCUGUUUGGUGCUGUUUACUACGGCUUGGCCUACUUAGUAUUUAAGUAUCAGCUCCUGUAUGUUUAUUUUCAUCCCUACGAAGUAGCGGGCAGAAUGUGGCCCCUUGUGUUCUCACGCAUCAUCGUUGGACUUUUACUCUUUGAGUUGACAUCCUCUGGAUUGUUUGUGCUGAGACGUGCCUAUCCCCUGGCUGGUCUCUGCCUUCCUCUGAUUAUACUUACCAUUGCAUUUAAGAUUGGAAUGGAGGCAGCUUACCAAAAAAACACCCAGUUUCUACCCCUUCAAUUGUUAGCCGAACGGUUUGGCCCAAUGGCUUCGACUGUGGCUGAGCCUCCCAAGUCGAAUGCUCCUCCUUCUGAACGAUCGAUCCACCCGAUGUCCAAUGAUAUCACCAGUGAAGUGGCAACUGAGACUCCUUCGCAACUCGAAAACGUUCUGGAUAAUGGACUUAAUGCCUCUGAAGCAAAUGAGCUUAAUCAUGCAUUAGACGGAGGGUCGAGAAGUGAUAUUGGACAUGCAAUUGACGAAAGAUUGGGUCAUACAGCUGAUGAUGUACUCCGAAAUGACGCUGAUAAUGAAAAUGUACCAGUUAUGAAACCACUCCGUCGAAGACGGACGGUGCUGGACGAGGAUGAUUAUACAGCAGAGCCUCGUCAGUAUACCGACUUUAAAGAGCCUCCUAUGACCUUGUUAGACGGUAUUCUCAAUACGGGGAUGAAGCAGUAUGGUCACCCUGCUCUUCUUGGUGUUCUUCCUCAACUAUGGUUACCUAUCAAGGCAGGUCAUACAAUAAAUUCAGGAGUAUGCUAUGGCUCUAAACAACGAUCUGUUGGAUAUGUGGCGAGCAAUUCUCGAUCCAUACAUGACCAUGAUGGAGAAAGACAACCUUUGUUAAGUACUCCUGCAAUCAAUAUUCGAGAAGAGUCAUCGAGAGAGAUACCAAAUGACCAAUUUAGGGUAGAGGAGAGUGAAACCGACGAUGAAUUUGAGGUGGGAACUUAUUAUCACCACCCAGAGAGACGCCAUUCCCGUACAUUAAGCAAGCACUAUGGAGCAGCCCGAUCACAUCAUUAAUAUUAAUAUAAAUAUAAGUAUAAAUGUACAUCCAU